AUGUCGGAUCGCGCUCAGAAGCUGGUGGAGGUGUUGACGGCGCUGUCAAUGGCUGAGGCCUUGCCGCGCGGCACGGUGAAGGAAGAUGUGAUAAAGACCCGAGCGCAUGUCGAACUGUCUCGAGAGACUCUUGGCAGACUGCUCAAGGACAUGCGGUCGGAGCUGUUCGACGUACAGAGCCUGCCGAACGAGCCGUUUACCGACUUUCUCAAGGAGUUCACCUUGGACCAGCUUAAGAGCAAAGACUUUUGGGAGACUAUCCGGAACGAUAAGAAUACUGACAGCAAAGCCCGCGAUGCUUUGCUGCUGAAGCAGGGGGAGAUCGCCAAGACGCGCCCAGUGCUGCAUGCUUUGCUCCAGGUAGCUGCAGGACCUGAGUCCGCAGCGAGCGCAGUGGAUCAGAACGCUUUUCUGGACGAGAUCGAAGCCGGUUUGAAAAAGAGCAGAUUUGAUCGAAAGCCCCUGUGCAGAGAGGAUUGCGAGCGCUUCCACACCUACCUUAGCGAGGUGCUCUCCGAUCCUGAGUAUGACUCCAAGGACCAAGCUCGUCCGCGCCUGAAGCGGAUCGAGAACAAGAGUGCCGCGGUCGUUGAGGUGAAGCAUGAUGCGGGCUCGCCCAAGCUCCCUGAGCAAGCGAAGAAGUCUUCUUUGAAGAAGCGAGCUGCUAAAGAGAUGACCACGGAGGAGAAGAAGGACGUGCGGCGAAAGCUGCAGAGGCGGUGGCGCAACGCCAAAAGCCUGGAGAAGAAGACUGAGCUGGACACAGAGAUUCGUGCUUUGGACGUUGAGAUCGCCGGCUUGAAGAUCAGCGAGGCUUUGCCAGGUAUGAGGCUAGCUCGCACCAAGACCGAACAGGCCUUGUCAUCAGCCAGCAAGGCUCUCGCUGCGGUGCAACCCCUCUGUACAAGCCUGGGAGUUCUGCCGAGCUACACCCAGUCUUUGUUGCAGCGGAUCUCGAG